AUGGACCCGAAUCACGAUCAGCAAAACCAACUACCAUCGAAUGAUCAUCAUCAUCAGCAGGAGACGUCUACAAAAGGAUCAUCGGGCGGCGGCGGCGGCGGAAGCGGGUUUUUGUGCCGGCAAAGCAGCACAAGAUGGACGCCAACAAGUGACCAGAUAAGGAUACUGAAGGAGCUUUACUACAACAACGGAGUAAGGUCACCGAGCGCAGAGCAGAUUCAGAGGAUCUCUGCGCGGCUGAGGCAGUACGGCAAGAUUGAAGGCAAGAAUGUGUUUUAUUGGUUUCAGAACCAUAAAGCUCGUGAGAGGCAAAAGAAAAGGUUCACUUCUGACAAUAUCAAUAUGCAAAGAUCGCCAGCGGCCGGGGCUGCUGCAGCCCUAAUUCCAAAUGGUAUUACUCCUACUAUUACUACUUCUUCUAAUAACCAUAAUAAUAUUAUUACUACUACUGCUUGAAAAACUCCUCAUGAACAUGAUCAAGAUCACCCCCAUAAUAAAAUAAAAAAAAUGGGUUGUCAUAAUUUUGCAGUUGUUUCGUCUGGAUCAUCUUCGGCAAGUAUGCUUGGUGUAAAUGGACAGAUGGGACACUACGGAUAUGGAGCUGUGACCAUGGAGAAGACAUUUAGGCUGCAGGACUGUGGAAGCAGUGAAUCCAUAAGCCACGGCUUCGGGUGGGUAGGAGUGGACCCGUAUAAUUCUUCACCAUAUGCUCUCUUUGAGAAGAGAUCAUCAAAUAUCCCACUUGACCCUUAUGAUCAAGAAUAUCAUUAUCAACAACAAGAAGAUGAUGAUGAUGAUGAUCAUGGUCAUCAUGAAACUUUUGGGAACAUUGAAACCCUCCCUCUUUUCCCCAUGCACAGCGAGGAGGACAUGAUGAUGAUCAACGGCUACAACAACAUGAUCAAGUCCAACUUCUCUGACCCCACCGCCACCGCGGGAGGCGGGUACUACUCCGGCAGCCACGUCAGCUCUCGUACUUCCCUUGAGCUCACUCUCAACUCCUACAGGUCUCCGGAUUCGCUUUAA